AUGUUCUCCCUCCCCGCCAUCCUCCUCCUCCUCUCCCUCACACACGCCUCUCCCCUCGAAAAAUGCUCCGUCCCACUGCAAAUGGGCCUCGCGAAAUCCUUCGCAGCCCUAAGCGCUACAACACUUACCUCCACGGGCGCCACAGCUCUCACCGGCGUCAGCGGCGUAGGUGAUGGCGGUGUAUGGCCCGGCACUGCCAUCGUAGGCUUUCCACCUGGAACGGCAUCAGGACAGUUAGAAGCCGGCACGGUGACUGCUCAGGAUGGAGAGGCGGCGUGCUUGACGGCUUAUAACGCUGCUCUGGCAUUAGUACCCACCGCCGCCCUCCCCUCCUCAGAUCUCGGCGGCGUCACGCUCGAGGCCGGCGUGUACACCUUUCCAUCCUCUGCCGUCGUGCUUUCAAGCACGCUCACGCUCUCCGGGGCUGGACAAUUCGUCUUCCAGAUCCUCACCACUUUCGAAGCCGCCGCCGCAGCUAAAGUCGUCCUUGCCAACGGCGCACAGGCGUGUAAUGUGUAUUUUAUAGUGGGGUCGUCGGCGACGAUCGGCGCGGCGGCUGAGAUGAAGGGGAAUAUUAUUGCGUAUACGGCGAUUGGAGCGAGUGAGGCGGCGAGUAAUAGUGGCACGUGGUGUGCGUUGAAUGCGGCGGUUACUUUGAUUGAUAAUGCGCUUCAGGCGCAGGCGGGAACGUGUGAGUGA